AUGGUUGAAUGUACUUCAUCAAAUGAUGACUACAGUCAUGUAUUCACUCCGACACGAUAUAAUGACAAUUCAGAUGAUCAAACUCAAAUAUCCUGCGCCGAACGUCUUGUAUCCAUCCUUGAUGAAGUUCAGCAAAAUUUAGAGGCCGAACAUGAGUAUCAUACGCCAAAAAACGUGUUUAUUCCCGAAAUGAUAAUGUCGCGAAGUCUGAUUCACCAAGAAAUAAUUGAUGCCUAUGAAUAUGAUCCAUCCGCUGCAGGCUUUCAAAUGUCUACCAUUGAACCCUUCUAUGGCACGAUCGAUAAUGAGGAAAAGAUACUCGAUCAUCAACCGGAAUUGAUCGAUUUCACAUGCUCACCAGCCCUCCCAACGAAGAGCCAUGUACCAUUCCCUGUGAGAUCCGAUCAGUCAUUAGAUGGACUUUUGGAGGAACUACGCUUUCAGCCAGAAAGUUCAAACAAAUUUUACAAACGAAUUCAAACUUGGCGUGAAUGCCUGGCACUCGACACCUACGAUGCCGGCCUAACCAUUGCAUUUAUUGUCGUUAUAUUCGUUGGUGUUUUUGGAGGGUCACUGCGUUACAAAACGAACCUAGCAUUCUCACAAGUUAGAAUGCCAGCACAA